UCGCUAUUCAGGUAUAUCCAAUAAGUUUAUCCCAGCGAAAUUCCAAACAACCUGCAUUGAAAAUAUUGAUCAAAUACUGCCGAUCUGUUAGUUCUGUUUAGUCCGGCGAAGGAAGAAAGUCCCCUUGUAAUGCUAGGAUGUAGGAUGGUUAAUUUCCAAGGGGAUCAUGGUUUUUCUGGAUGGAAUUUUUACCCUUCUGAUGGUGGUACAAGUUUUAGAGGUCCAAUGUACAGAAUUUGAGUACAUAGACGUCAAGGUUCAGUUUAAUGAAGCCGUGGCAGACUGUGAAGCCCGAGGAAAGAUCCUGGCCAUCAUAGAUACACCAGAAAAAUUCAACAUCGUCUACGACCUACUGACGAACAAUGGCAGGGGUAUGCCCUCCGCCCCUGUUUACAUCGGACUGAAAUACAAUACGGUGAACAAACAGCAUGAGUGGCUGGACGGGACCCAUGUCACGUGGGUCAACUGGUACAUCAACGAACCUUUCAGUGUGGAGACACGUCAUUGCGUCAGACUCGAUCUGGAUUCGAACCUGCAAUACCGCACCACUGACUGUACAUAUCAACACAACUACGUAUGUUCCUCAGAGGGAGGGGAAAGUUCAAUGGUUCAAACAAGCUCAAAGAAAUCCUCAAACGAUGUGAUGAUAGUUGGUUUAUCGGUCGGGUUUGGUGUCUCAGCAGCCGUGAUAGCGCUUUGUUGUCUGAUGUGUUACUGCUGCUGCAGCUCACGUGACCAACCAAAGCGCCCUCUCAUCCAGUAUAAAUGCCCGUCCAAACCCCGGGCCGUAGUUGGAAACCUUUCCAGCGACCGUAAUGGGAAACCUCCCGAGCAUGCUGUUUAUUACAGUAAGCAUUCGUCUGGUCGCAACAGCAAUAACACUUCUCGCACUGGGAGCAGUCGGAUAGAAGACUAUGAUGACGAAAUGGACGCAGCCAUUAUAGACACAAACGACAGGCGCAUGUCUGUGUACAGCGGGGGCACAGGUGACUAUCAGAGGAGCAGUGCUUCUCCAAGGGACCCCAAUGAUAUAUUGCAUUACAUAUAAGAUACUUACGUAGAUUGUUUUAUUCUAUGUUGCAUUUUCCUUCAUGUCAACAACGACUUAAUUGCUUGCAAAUGUCUGUUUGGGCACAUGCAUUUAGCAUUACUGUGGACUUUUUUUUU